AUUUUCGACCAUCUACCCUUCCAGCAGCAGCAUGACGGCCGUCGCUCCUUCGGGCUUUGCCUUCACCUCGAGCCACGUCGAGUCGCAGAUCGACCUCUCGCUCGAUGAGCUCAUCAAGCAGCGCCAGGUCGCGGCCAAGGAGGCCAAGGCCAAAGACGCAUCGCCGACCAAGAAGAAGCAGGACAAGAAGCAGGUCAAGGCGACCGAGCCGCAAGUGAAGAAGACGAGCGCCCGCAAGAAGCGCAACAAGAAGGGCAAGAAGGCAGCGGGCGAUGAAAUCGUCACGAUCCAAGUGCCCAAGGCGGUGGCCGAGAAGCUGGCCAAGGAAGCGGCCACGGCGCAGGCGCCGGAAGGCGGCGCGGCCAAGAAGAAGCGCAACCGCAAGAAGGGCAAGAACGCGGACGCACAGAGCGGCGACAAUGCCCCGAAGGUCCAGCCCAAGCAGAACAACAACAACCAGGCCAAGAACACCAACAACAACAAUGGCAAGAAGCAGGGCAAGAAGCAGAACGCCGGUCAGCAACAAAAGGGCGGCAACAUCUCGCCCACCAACUCGGCCUCCAAGGUCAACACUAGCACCCGGAACGUCCUCUUCAACAUCACGAUGAACAAGAACCAAAACCCGGCCAAGAAGGGCAAGAAGUCGGAUGGCGGCGCGGUGAAGCGACUGCUGGGCGACCACCUCUCGGCGCUCACGCUCAACGACACCAAGCAAAAGAAGAGCACCAAGAACGGCAAGAAGAAGGCCAACAACGCCAACAGCAACAUGAGCAAGACCACCAACAACCAGGGCCAGCGGAAUGGCAAGAAGCAAACCAAGUUUGUGACCAAGAAGCGCCAGUCGCGCAAGGCAUGAGCGCGCCAUUUUUGUACUACCACUUGAUAAUAUAUUGCCACACUCGCUACCACGACUACGGCUGUCCCUCGGAGGCGGCGAGAAAGCUCAAGUCGGU